AUGAAUUUGCGCGACGCUGAAACUGGAAGGGUACUGUGGCAAAGUACGGAGGAUUUUGCUGAGCCAUGCAAGGAACAUCAAGUUCGUGUUCCGCAGAAAAUUUUAAGUUGUCGAACGAUUUCACGAGAAAUUAACUUUACAUCAAACGAAAAAAUAGAAAAAUUCCGCUUGGAGCAAAGAGUUUAUCUCAAGGGUACCGUUAUAGAAGAAUGGUUUUUCGAAUUUGGAUUUGUUAUCCCAAAAUCCACCAACACUUGGCAGAAUCUUAUCGAAGCAGCACCAGAAUCGCAAAUGCUUCCAGCUUCUUUAUUAAGUGGCAACAUCGUCAUUGAAACAAAUUUUUACGAUGAUGAACUGCUUGUGAGUACAUCAAAAGUUCGGAUUUUUUAUAUUUGA